CUCUUUUUUACCAUAUCCACUACUUAUCUAUAGCUAUCGUGCUUGGAUGAGAUACUCUGUACAUUCAAUCAUCUCCCCGGUGUGUAUCAUCAUGAGUGCCCCUUCAAUCGCGGGCGCAGAUUCUCCUUUAUUGUCUGUAAAAAGGUUAGUGGGUGAAAUCGUAGAAGACUGUGAACGGAGAGACUCGAGUACGGUGACACACUUCAACCAAGACGCAAUCUCGCUUUGUGAUGAGCUUCUAGUAGUGCUGAACAACGGCGUGCGUAGUCGCUGGGCGCACAACGGUGCUACUGCCUGGCCAUUCAUAAGUGCAUUGUUAGAUGAUGUCGCUAUCAAACUGGUGAAUGAUAUGCGAGGCGUGGAUGAAGAGAGCGACAAGUGUAAAGCGUGGUUACGGCAGUCCUUGAACGAAUGCUCAUUCAUAGGGUUUCUCAACACCGUGCUGACCAACCAAAGUGAAGCAGAAACCCACUAUGAAUCGGAUGGCUACAUGCGGAAUGUGGAGUUUUUGCAAGACUUAAUCCGGUUUCUACAGCCCCUACUUGAUCUCAGAUUCACAAUUUAUCCUACACAAGCACUCGCACAGGAGAACGCACCAGCCGCAAAGAUAAAGUACCACAAAGAUAAUACUCCCCGGAAGAAACAUAGGGAUUUCUCCGGGCCUACCUUUGCCCUUCCGUCGGCUGGCAUGGAAGACAAUGUAUCCAUCCGGUCGAGCAGUAGCAGACAUUCACGCUCUCGCAAAUCGUCCAGGUCACACCGCAGCAGUCGUGCGAAACUGGAGCCAAGCUACACGGGCACCAGGAGCGAAAAGGGUGACGGUGCGGAAACGAGUAUGAGGAAUAGUACGAUUUUGGAUAGCCGACGAGACAAAGAACAGAAAGGUGAUUCUACCCAGCAAUCGGAUAUUGCUGCUAGAACCCGGGAUUAUACGGCGAAAAGGAUCAAAAGCAACCCAUCACUGACUGACUCGACUGUGCUUACAGCCAUAGCAGACACUAACGAUAACGACAGCAUCGUGGACUUGCAUCUGCGGAGUUUGGCUUAUAAGCGCCCCACUAAAAACAAGCGGAAUAGCCCGGAUGCCGAUAUAGGUUCGACCGACGCCGACAACAAUACAUAUGCAGAUAUUAACAAUAUAUACGCAAAUAUAAAUUUAGAGAAGGGUGUGGGUGCAGGGGUGGAUGUCACAUACGGUGCAGGUGCUAUGGUUGAUCGCUUGCUGACACGAGCCACGAAUAGGAGAGCGAAGGAAGACGUUAGAAUGUCACCAGGCUUAGAGCCUCAAAUAUGUGACUCGGGAACUGAACGCAAGCAGCCAGACACCCGUGAGGAUGAUAAAGAGCUCUCCGACUGUCCUGGAAAUGUGUAUAUGGGAGCGGUUCUAUCAGAUGCUAAAGGCACACAAAAAUCGAGGAUAGAGGGUGGGCAGCAGGAACCGGCCCUACCUGCUAUUCCAAGUGAUAGCGACAGCGAUGUCACACCGUUGCAAUCGCCAAGCACGGACAAUGUGUUCACCAUCCCGAUCUUCCCAAGUCGCGUGAACACCUCCAAUGUUAACUCGAUAAAUGAGAUCAACGAUGCACUCGCGACCUUUCCCAGGCUAUCGGGGACUCCGGACAGCGAUGGCCUCCAUGGGGUUGAGGGUAUGGGCCUAGGUAUGGCUAUGGGGGGGUCGCAGAUGUAUGCACACCCCUAUCCACGCGCACACCUGUCAAUACAGGCCUUGUACAGUCUGGUCACGCAGGAGGAGAAGUGCACGGUGCACCUGCAGAACGUGCUGGUAUCGCCCAUGCUUAUCGCGGCCAUCAGUCGUCUGGCAUCUGAGCCGCAACCACUGGAGGCACACUCGCAACAGCUACGCACAGACGAACAAAGCAGCGCCGCUCUGACAUCUGUGCGGACUGCUAGCUCACAAGCAUCUGAUCCAAUACUGCCAGGAACUGCGCACGAUAUCAGCCGGCGCAGGACGGUCGAUGCUGUGGGGUAUCCAUUGCGUCGUGUGUCGCUUGUACCAUCUGUAGGAAGUGCACACUCAUCGGGCGUGAGGUAUCAGCCACGGGGUACCAAAGGCGAUCGCAGGCGCACAUCAUUAUCGGGAAUUGUGGGGUUCGACAUCAUACCUUUGAGCUCUGUUCAAGACGGACAGGUGGUUCCUGCGGGUAUCACGGCAGAGCUUACGGCCAGGUACAUGACUGAAUUUGGGUGCGAACGGGGCUUGGCGGUGCAAGACUAUGUAUGUGCGGGCACAGGCUGCUCGCGAGGGCUAGGCCCAGGUACUACCAACCAGCCUUGGGUGUGCAAUCUCACAGGGUUGUACUACUGUAAGCCAUGCAUGAGUACUGAUAAACAUAUCAUACCGGCCCGCGUGCUCAUGAACUGGGACUGUCGCCUGUACACAGUAUCGGCGCAUGCCGUUCCCACGCUGAACUUCAUACGCGAGUUGCCCAUCAUUGAUCUGGCACAGGUGAACCCUUUCCUGACAUUCCACGUGCCCGAGCUGAAACGGGCGGCGGAGCUGCGACAGAGGUUGUGUGCGGUGAUCGACUUUGUGCUGACGUGCCGCGUGGAGAAUGCCAGCAAAAUCCUGCGCAAAGUGGGGCCUUUGCAGCUGCAUCUGGUCGAUCCCAAGCAGUUGUAUUCGCUCAAUGAUUUGGUGCUCGCUAAUCACCUACAAUUGGAUACGCUACUGCAUCAACUGUCGCAGUGGUGUGAAAAACACGUGCUGGCAUGCGAUCUCUGCUCACAAAAGGGGAGUUACUGUGAGUUCUGCAGGUCGGAGGAUAUUAUAUACCCAUUCCACCUAGCGGAAACCACCGCUUGUUCAAAGUGCCACUCACUCGCACACACCCACUGCUUCGAUGCUGACGCGUGCCCAAAGUGUCGCAGACUGGAGAAAGUUGGUUUAGCUAAGGCUAAACGGGAGGCCAGGGCUAGAGCUCGCGCCGAGGCCGCAACUGUGGAGCUGAGAGCGUGA